AUGGCGCCCCCUUUGCCCCUGCCGUUCCUUGACAAAGUGGUUGUUUCGAGAUUGCGGUUUCCGCUCUAUAACCAUCUUGAGAACCCAACUAAGGUCCAUUUCAGCCUGGAAAAUGUGAAUAUCCUCGAUCACGAUGGGAUCAUGACCAACGGCAGAAAGGGGCUUUCUCCCAUUGCAAUUACCAAAGAAACAGAAUUCAGCAUCCAGCUAUCACCACAAGGUCUGGAGUUAAUCGCAACCCUUACCCCACCCUUUUGUCUUACUGCAACCUUGGAGAGCGCCGAUGUGUUUAAGGUUGACUUUGUGAGCCCUGCAGUGAUACAGCAGUUCACCCUUAUUCAGCCCAGGGUCCAGGGUCAGCCAAAAUCUCUCCCUUGGGUUCUUGAUGGUCAACUGAGAUGGUUGCUCCGAGGUUCCAAGGAAGACCAGCCGCAGUAUUAUCAUGAUGUGUUAGUUGAGAUCUACACGCUGCCAGAAACGUUGCCGCCUUACUUUGAAAAGCAAGGCAUACCACUUUAUCUACUGCGGCUGCCUUGGUAUAUUCGUACCUGGAUGCGCCAAGUCGAGCAGCCUCUGGGACAGCCCGCUGUCGAUUGGCCCUCGUUUGUAGUUCAAGCUUUAACAUCAGGUCCUCAGCUUGAAUAUAAAAACUUCAACGGUGUAAGUCAGUACACAAGCUGGGACCCCGAAUGGAUCGGAACUGCCUUGAGGGCUGGCCAAAGCAUCGUCAGUUGGCUGGACCUUUGGCUCUGGGACUUAUACCAUAAUACUCUUCCAGGCGCAAAGCAUCCGGUAGAUAUCUAUGACCUCGCCAGCCUCUCGCAAGUUUUAAUUAGUCUCGGAUUGGAGUACUCUAAGGAAAGAACUGGAAUGAAUUACUUAACACCUUUUGGUUAUAUCAAGCCAACCAAAUUGAUCGGACGUGUUGAGGAGCCGCCCAACCCGGAUAAUCAAGACAGCAUGUGCAACAACCCAUUAUAUGCUGUCGGCAGCAUGUACGACAAGGCCAUGCUAUGUGCAACAGACUCAAGCACUCGCUCAUCGCUGGAUUACCACCUUUUCCUCACUAUACAAAAGGAUGAUUCCUCGUAUGUACUUGACGCCGGCUGUGGACCUCAGACAGGGACAACAACUCUUCAAAGCUAUCCUGCUUCUGUCAUCGAUACAGACGCCAGACUCUAUAGCCCCCCGAGUUAUCCUGGUACUACUCAAGAUGUUAUUCACGGACCAGGAGUCAGUGAUCUGGCUAUUUCACGGGUUUUCGAGAAAAGCAAAGACUCAUCCGCACAAGAUCCCAGGACAAUUCUCGAUAAGAUCAAAGCCCUUCUGAGCACUGAGGGCAGAUUGUGCGAGCCUUAUAUAUCUGUUUUACCAGGAAAGUAUAACAUGAUGGCGACAUGGACUCUUCAGCCAUCGAGUCAUUCUGGCGCGUUGGCCACUAUUACAUUAUUUUCGCUUUGGUCUGAGCAGUCUAUUCGAAGCUUGUUUAAUCGUCGCAGACGUUCUAGUUCUCUAUGGGAACUCACAUCAGGUGAUCCCUACGACAUCUUUCUUGAUAAAACAAUAGGUAGCCUCCGCAUGUUCGCCGAUGUGGACCGUCAUUAUAUUGCCACCAUCCAGACCAGACACAGCAAAUCUGACUCCACUAGGUCGCUCAAAGAUAAGAUAAAAAAUGUUCUUUCAUCCUCUUUACAACCACCGUUGACCAUCCCGGACUACUUUGAUAGCAUAGUCCAGGUAUCCCCUGUGCUCAGCAAGGAAGCGACGAUAACAGCCAAGGGAAGUGAAGAUUUUUACGUACCUUCUCCAAAGUCCUAUUGA